UUCGCAAACGUGCCAGUUGCAAUUGAUAUAUCUACUCUACACAUCAUAAAGUUAUCUAUAGAGACUUUAGCUAUGUAAGCCCUCACCUGCUGCUGACGUAGAUACGCGAGCAUCAUAUUUCCGUCAACAGAAAUGCAUAGUUGUACCGGUCUUGUUCUUUUCGCCCUCAUACUUCAGAGCACAGCAACUGCCUCGCCAGACCAAAGCGACGAACCACUGCCACAAUCAGGCCUCCGUGAGCCCAGGCCCAAUCUGUACGUUGUUCCUGCCAUCAUGUUGUACUGACUGGGAGAUGAUGCCAAUCACAAUUCACAGAGCCACGCAGACCAUUACGAUCCGGGAGAUUCAGAUUCCUACAUCUGUUGAGUCGGUGCGCAGGACCGCACUCCCAACAUCCUAUCUUUCCCAGAUAGCUGACCCAGCAGCCCGGGCGUCGAUCUUUAGCGAGAUACGAGACGGUCUCCGCCCUGAGUGGUAUAGCGCUCUGCGUGCGGAUGUGAAGCACUUCUUCUCCACGGCAUAUUCGGCCGCUGGUGUGCGUCAUGCGAAAUCCCGUGGUGGUGUACCUGCACCUGCACCGACUGGACUGGGACCUGGGGUGAUUGGUGUCGCUGCAGUGAUGGGCGUGAUGAACGCUCUUUGAAGUGCUUGUUUGGUCUUGUCCAGUAAAGGAGGUAUGCGUUGAGCAAUUUGCUCUGCGUGUUGCGUUGGUAAAUGAGUUGAGGGUUUUUUUUUUUAGUUUUUUUUUUUUUUUUUUUUUU